AUGCUAUUCGAUAAUUGUCAAGAAUGUCAUCAAUCCAGAUCCGCCUAUGAUUGGUGUAAGCCGUGUAAUUCUAAACAUUUUCAAAGUGAUUUCGGUAAUUGGACGAGCGGUAAUAAGAACAUUGACCAAUUAAUUCAAAGGAUACAAUUAAAUUCUUCAUCAAGUCAGGAGAUAAUCGAGUGGAUCCCAGAAAAUCGAUUGAAAAUUCAAGAGCAUGUAGGAAAAGGUAGGUUUGGUACGGUUUAUAAGGCGAUUUGGAAAGAUGGGUGUAUCAGUUAUUGGAAUUAUAAGGAAAAGUGUUGGGAAAGAUGCGAAGAAAAUUGCGUCGUUGCAGUUAAAGUUUUAAAUAAAUCUAAAAGGAUUAAAUUGGAUUUGUUGAACCAGAUCUUCUCUGCUCAAAAAUAUAACGUUACGGGUAAACUACAAGCACAUUCGCUAUGGUUGGAAAAGUUGGAAAUAUUAAUGGACAUUUCAUCAACGUUAAUGCAACUUCAUAAUGAGGGAUUGCUUCAUGAAAAUUUACAUACAAAUAAUAUAUUACGUAGCGCGGAUUAUAAAACGUACUUGAGUGAUUUAGGAUUGACCUAUCCCCCAAACAAGUUAAAUCCAAAGAUAAUAACGAAAAUCUUGGGUUGUUCAAAUAAUUAUGGAUUAUUAAAUUUCCUUCCACCCGAAAUAAUUAAUGGAAAACCAUAUACAAAAGAAUCUGAUAUUUAUUGUUUGGGGUUGAUAUUUUGGGAAAUUUCUUUACAAAAACCAUUUCAUAAUUUAAUAAUGAAAGAGAAACCUCCUUUUAAAAUCGAAAAACCAGAAUUAUUUACAAAUGCUCGAUUACCUUACCCGUUAGAAUUAUUAAUUAGCGAAUGCUGGGAUCAUAAUCCAAGCAAUCGCCCUACUAUUAAAUAUAUCCAUAAAAAAUUAAAUGAAUGGUGGAUGAGUUCUUGGAAUAACUCCAUGGAUAACAUUUUAAAUCCUUUUAUAAAUCCUAAUCGACCUAGAUUUAAUUCUGCAAAAAAAUUUGACCCGAUUUAUAUAUAUGGCGUCCUGAAAAUUCCAAAUAAUGAUAAGGUUCACUUUAUGUCCGAACAAUGUGACCGAUUUAAUUUUAAAUAUCAAGAAAUUGUAAGCAAAAGCAUGGUUAAUCUUAUUCUUCAAUAUAUCGCUGUUUAA